AUGUCAUCUGCUUCGGGAAGUCCUGCUGGCUCGGGCCGUCUGAUGCCAGGCUCGGGAGGGUCCGGCCAAGGCUCGGGUUCCCUCGAGCCGACCUACAGCGGCGGGUUCAAUGAAUCGGGAGGAAGAAGCGGCGAGUACGACGAAUCGGGCGGAGGAUACGGAGCACCCGUUGGCUCAUCCUACGGCCAGUACCAGCAGUACCCUGCGCGCGGGGGAGCUCCGCAAGGGGGGGGCUGGGGCGGUGGCGGCGGAGGAAUGAACGCGCCAUACGGGGGAAUGAUGGGGGGAGGAGUGGCGCCGAGAGGCCAGUACGGCAGCAACGACUCGAGCCCGCAAGGCUCGGGACCCAUGCAGCCCUACAUGCCCGCGUCCGGCGGCGGCGGAUCCGGCAGCCUGCAGUCGCGAUUCUCCAUGGACGGCGGGAGCAUGGACAGCUCUCCCGGCGGCGGAGGUCCCAAGGGCGGGAGCGAUAUCCAGCAAGCCGCGGCGCUGUCGGCGCUGGCGUGGUCGAAGCAGGCGGCGAACACGGCGGAGGGGCAGAAGCUGCAAUCGGACUACCUCGCGGAGUUCGACGCGUGGAAGCGCGCCAAUCAGGCGGCGACGUUUCAGCAGCAGCAGGACUUCAUGUCGGAUCUUCAGUCGCGCAUGACCAAGGCGCGCGCGGCGCUCGCGGGGCUACAGCUGGGGGAAGGGGGAGGGGGAGGGUCGCCUGCGGGCGGUGGUGGGGGGGAGAUGGGGGGUGAUGGUGGCGGUGGUGGGGGUGGGAUGCAGCAUUCGUAUCCCGCGGCCAUUCCUGCUCCUGUUCCGGCUGCUUCGGACGUUUCUUCUGUUGGCGGUGGUGGCGGCGUUGAGAACGACCUACGGCGCGAGUUGGAGCUGAUGCGGCAGCGCGCGGCGGAGGCGGAGAAGGCGCGCCUGGAGGCGGAGCAGCGCGCGCAGCGCGCGCUCUCCGAAGCGGACCGCUCCCUCCGCGAAGUCGAGGCGCAGAACAAGCGGCGGGAGCUGGAAACGGCGGUGCGCAUUGAGAUGGCGUCGCAGGAGGCGGCGCGCGCCAUGGCGGCGGCGGAGGAGGCGCGGAAGCAGGCGGAGCUGGAGGCGCAGAAGACGGAGGUGGCGAUGAAGCAGGCGGCGAUGACUCGCGCGGCGCUGGAGCUGGAGGAGAAGCGGCGGCAGGAGGCGGAGAAGAAGGCGAAAUCGGAAAAGGGCAGCAUGCGCAUGAUGGCUAACUACCGCGAAUACUCUUAUGAUGACAUUGUGUUUGCAACGGAGAAUUUCAAGCCGGAUCGCAAGCUGGGCGAGGGCGGAUUUGGGACAGUGUUUUCCGGCACGCUGCACCACACGCCUGUCGCAGUGAAGGUGCUGAAGAACACGGACGCCAUGCAGGCCGCCCACGAGUUCCAACAAGAGGUCGAAGUGCUGAGUCAGAUUCAGCACCCACACGUGGUGAUGCUACUCGGCUGCUGUCCCGACAAGUACUGCCUCGUCUACGAGUUCAUGGCCAACGGCUCUCUAGAGGACCGCCUGCUCUGCGCCAACAACUCGCCUCCCCUCCCCUGGUACAUCCGCAUGCGCGUCGCAGCCGAAAUCGCCUCAGCUCUCCUCAUCCUCCACACGCGCCCUGUGCCCAUUGUCCACCGCGACUUAAAGCCCGGCAACAUUCUUCUCGAUAAGAAUUUCGUCGCGAAGCUUGGAGACGUCGGCCUGGCGAAGCUCAUGCCGGGUCUCUCCAUGGAUCAAACCUACAUGCGGGAAUCGGUUCCUGUCGGCACCUUCGCGUACGUCGACCCGGAGUUCCAACGCACGGGGGAAUUCGGCCCGAAAUCCGAUGUGUAUGCGCUCGGAAUCGUGCUCCUCGAUCUCCUCACCGGGCGCAAGCCGAACGUAUACGAGGGGCUAGAAGAAGCAGUGGACGACGGAGACGAGGAGGCAAUGAGGGAGUUUCUAGAUGAACGUGCCGGGAACUGGCCGCUGGAUAUAGUCAUGGAGGUGGCAAAAAUUGCUGUAAAAUGCUCGGAAAUGAGGAGGAAGAAGCGGCCGGAUCUAGAGACUCAUGUGAUGCCGGUGCUGGAUCGAGCACGGGCGCGCGCGGUUCAGGCGGAGGAGGAGGCAAGGAGAACGCCGGCGAAGCGGUCGAUUGGGGAUGCGCCCAGCAGCCUGUUCUGCCCCAUCACUCAGGCAAGCUCGGGUUCCCUUGCUAGAGCGGGGGCGGUGCAGGUGGAGGUGGAGGCGAGGCGGACCCCGGCGAAGCGGUCGAUUGGUGAUGCGCCCAGCAGCCUGCUCUGCCCCAUCACUCAGGCAAGCCCCCCUCUUUCUUCCCCACUUCUCCGUUUCUCCCCCUCCCGUGAGCCUGUAUUCGUGUGUUUGUGUUCUGUCCACCCUCUCGCCUUCUGCAUCCCAUUUUCUCCCUUGUACAGGAGAGAUGAUGGUGAAAACCCGGUGCUGGCGGCGGACAAGCACACGUAUUACCACACUAAGGAGAUGAUGGUGAACCCGGAGCUGGCGGCGGACGGGUACACGUACGAGAAGUCACUAGAAACCCCAUGUCCACCUUCUCACCCACUACUUCUCAUACCCUCCCACCCCCUCUCACUGCUCUCAACCGCACAGGAGAUGAUGGUGAACCCGGUGUUGGCGGCGGAUGGGCACACGUACGAGAAGGAGGCGAUAGAAUCGUGGCUGGAGAGCAGCGACCGCUCGCCCAUGACCAACGAGCAGCUGCCCUCCAAAGACCUCGUGCCCAACCAUGCCGUGCGCGCCAUGAUCAAAGACUGGCGGGAACGCAACCUAUGA